CCCACAGAUUGUCUACUGACCUACACACGUCUCAGAUGUGCUCACACACACACACAAAAUCCCUAAAAUAUAAGUUGGGCUUGGAGGCCAGCCUGGUCUACAUUAUGAAUUGUUCAGUCUAUAGAGACCCCGUCUACAACAAAAUUUAAAUCUUGGGCGUGGUUGCACAUAACCCUUAAUUCCAGCAAAGGCAUUCAGAGUUCAAGGCCAGACAAGGGGAUCUUGUCUAACUAGGACUGAGGUUGGUCCCUCUUACCCAAACGUAGUUCCCAGCCCUCACACUACCCAUUAACUCUAAUGGACUCCACAGGCACCCUCUUGGUGCUUGUACGUACAUAUAUGCAGAACCCAUACAUUAAGGCCUAAGGGAAAACACAUUCAACCACAGGGCGAGGCCGGAAGUCCAGCUGGAUCGCAGUAUCACCGCUGACCUCACACGGCGUCCAAACGCUCCGUUUACAGUCGCUGCGUACGCGCAGAGCAUACGCGGUUUUCCGGUCACGUGGCCUGUCAUGGCCGCCUCCAUGGCCCGUGGCAUGAGCGCCCGGGUCCUGUUACGGGCGGCCGGGGGAUCUUGGGGAUCUAGGGCCGGGCACGCGGCAGUAACAUGUAGGACGUUCGGGACUACAGGCGAGCGGCGUGCUGGCGAGGAGGAGGCGGACGGCCCGGAGCUGCCCCGGGACGUGGUCAACGUGGUGUUCGUGGACCGCUUUGGCAAGCGGAUCCCGGUGAGGGGCAGAGUCGGGGACAAUGUUCUAUACCUGGCCCAGCGCCACGGGGUGGACCUGGAAGGGGCCUGCGAAGCAUCCCUGGCAUGUUCUACCUGCCAUGUGUAUGUGAGUGAGGCCCACCUGGAUCUCCUACCUCCUCCUGAGGAGAGGGAGGACGACAUGUUGGACAUGGCUCCACUGCUCCAGGAGAACUCGAGACUGGGCUGCCAGAUUGUGCUGACCCCUGAGCUGGAGGGAGUCGAGUUUGCUCUUCCCAAGAUCACCAGGAACUUCUAUGUGGACGGCCACAUCCCCAAACCCCACUGACAUGAGGCCACUGGACCGACCAGGCCAUGGAACUGAAAAGAAAAGCCAUGCUUCCUACCCCAGAGCACGGACUGCCCAGGAAAGAGAAGUUGGACCCACAGUGUGGGACCAGAGCUGCCACUGGGAACAGCCAGUGUCUGAGCCCUGAGGGGGAUGGGUCUCCACCUUGGUUGUGUCAGUCCACCAAGGAGAAUUGAACUAUUAAUUAAGGAUGGACUCGAACCAGAGCUGCAAUAAAAAGUCACACACA